AUGAGCUCGCCAGAACAGCCACCGUAUCUACGUAUCAUCAUGUUGGGAGACGAUGUAGCUACCCAGGCGUUGAACUAUCGAUUCGAAACAAUCAAUCGCAUCGACCAACCUCUCAAUUCUCCGACGGGAGAUGUACUGAGAUCUAUUCAAAUCGGAACCGAAGGACUCGCAACGGAAAUGGUGAUCGAACUGUGGAACAGAGGGGGUUUCGACAUGCCCAAUAUUCUCAAUUACUAUUGUUCACAAGGGGAGGCGUUCCUGGUCGUCUUCAAUCUGUGCCGCAGAAAGAGUGUCAAUGCCAUCACGAAAUACACGUCUGCGAUUGAGCAGGCGGGUCGAGGGCAGUGUCCGAUAGCACUGGUGGGAGUGUGCAAGCCUAACCAGAUAGCCGUGGUGAUGGAGCAGGAAGCUAUGGAGCUAGCUGCGCAGAUGGGACUUCCAAUCUUCUUUGUCCGGAGGAGGAGUUUCGAACAAGUCAUGGCACCGUUUGUCCACCUGAGUCGACGACGUCUCCGGCAGACCAUCUAG